UUGACCUUACUCGGCCUGAAUGAACCUUUUUCCUGAAGUUUAUUUUUCGAAAAAUUGUUUAGAAAACAGAAGAAUAUGACUGAUUGUUUCGGACUGUUUAUUUUUCGAACGAGAACAAACCUUACGACAUCUUACUUACGACUUAUGAGUUAUGACUCCUUGUUAUGACUUAUGAUUAUGAAUUAUUAUGAUGGUCACUCAAACUCAAACUUCAUUGUCAGUGCCUAAGGUGAUGAAAGAUUUGAAUAUUUGAUAAUUGAAUAAUGUUUUUAUUAUUAAUUUGAUAUGCUGAAGUGAAUUCUCAUCAAUUCUGAAUAAAGAAGUGAUAAUUAUUGAUAGUCCAUUGAGGUUUGGCAAGAAUGUAACCUCAAAUUCGAACUGAAAAUCACCGUUACCGUUAUGCAUCCACAUAAUUCUUCCUGCCAAGAAUGAAGAUCAACAUCGAAGACUACGACAGUAAUCAGCCCAAAGAAAGAUGCAAUAAGCUCAGAUCUACUAUAUGCUUCCUUUCACUAUGUCGUCUAGUUGCUCUUAUAUCCACUCUCUUUGUGAUUUUGUGUGUUCUCCUGCUGUGCAAGACCUACAUAAGGUUUAUCCUUUUGUGGUUGGAAAAACAGGACUCGAUUGUGAUACUCAGUACAAUAUGUAUCUUGUUUAUCAUAGUUUCUCUUCCAAUAAGCAUUGGCUAUAUCAUACUAGUGGUAGCUUCAGGUUACCUGUUUGGACUGUCCAAAGGACUUUUACUGACAGUGUUUGGGGCAAAUUUUGGACUUUUAGUGGCGCAUAAUGUUCUGAAAAUCAUUGGACAUCAUCAGAGCAUUUACAGAUAUACUCAGAAUGAUUUGGCUCAAGCUAUCAUGAGAGUCAUCUCUGGCCCACAUUGUUUCAAAAUUGUCUUCUGUUCAAGACUGACGCCUAUUCCUUUUGGACUACAGAAUACUAUUUUUGCUUUGAGCAAUGUUAGUGCCAAAGUUUACCACAUAGCCUCUCUUAUUGGGCUUUUUCCUGCCCAAUUUGUUGGAGUUUAUGUUGGAUCUACUCUGCGAUCUAUGCAGGAUGUACUGGAAAAUAGACAUAUUUCUUCCACAACAUACUUCUUUGCUUCCAUACAGUUGUUACUGGGAGCUUCAUUGAUGAUAUAUCUUGGGACCAAAGCUAGGCAGGAGUUGCUAAAAGCAAUUGCAGAAGCUCAAAAUACUACCAAAGGAACAGGAUAUUCUUUAGUGUGAUAUAACCCCUCUCUCUACCUCUUUACCUUUAGUUCUGAAUAGUAGGGUAUUUUUCCUUCAAAACAAAACCAAAUAUUUUUGUAUUUGUGUAUCUACAUGUGAUGUUAUGAUUGAAAUUAUUUUUAGUAGAGUAAUUACUAGUUGGUACAUCAUGCAUACCUAUUUUUGUAUUUCAGAAUACUUUAUUUUUCAAAAGAAUGAAGUGUGAUAGAUUUCUGACAAAAUAUUCAGGAA